GCGGAAUCGGCGCGGCUGCGCCAGGGUCGCGGCGCGGAGCUGUAGCGACGAGGCUCGAGACGCUGCUGCCGCGCUUCUGUCCUACGGAGCUUGAAGCUGGGCGCACUGGGGACCAUGCAGAAGGCUGGGGCCCGGGGCCGGAGGGCCUCUGACUGUGGCCCUGCCCCUCACCGGCCCAGGUGCAUCACCAAAUUUGCCCAGCAGUAUGUGGGUUCUUUCCCCGUGGAUGACCUGGACACCCAGGAGAGCGUGUGGCUGGUGCAGCAGCAGCUGUGGGCACUGAAGGACUGUCCCCGACGCCGGGCCGUCAUCCUGAAAUUCAGCCUUCAGGGCCUCAAGAUCUACAGCGGGGAGGGUGAGGUGCUCCUGAUGGCUCACGCCCUGAGGCGCAUACUCUACUCCACCUGGUGCCCAGCUGACUGCCAGUUUGCCUUCAUGGCCCGGAACCCCCGGAGCCCAGCCAGCAAGCUCUUCUGCCACCUCUUCGUGGGCAGCCAACCUGGAGAGGUCCAGAUCCUGCACCUGCUACUCUGCCGCUCCUUCCAGCUUGCUUACCUCUUACAGCACCCUGAUGAGCGGGCACAACCUGAGUCGUGCCUCGGUCCUACAGGGGAUGUGCCCCUGAAGCCACUGUCCAGCCCAGGGGGCCCCCCUGGCCUAGUACGGGAGCCCUUCAGCCGUGAUCAGCUCUCACAGAACGUUCACGCACUGGUCUCCUUCCGGCGACUGCCGGCGGAGGGGCCUCUGGGCAGUGGGGAGCUGCCAGAGUUGGCAGGCCGUGGGGGCGCCCGCCAUGCCCGCCUGGGGAAUCCCUACUGCUCGCCCACGCUGGUGCGCAAGAAGGCCAUUCGCAGCAAGGUGAUCCGCUCUGGGGCUUACCGCGGCUGCACCUACGAGGCCCAGCUGCAGCUGUCUGCUCGGGAGGCCUUUCCCGCAGAGUGGGAGGCAUGGCCCCAGGGUACUGGUGGCCCCUGGUGCCUGGUGGAGAGCGAGGGCAGCCUGACAGAGAACAUCUGGGCCUUUGCUGGCAUCUCCAGGGGCGUACCCUGGGUCAGGCUCUGCGUCUCCGUAAUGCCAGGGGGGCAGCCUGAGGCUGGGUCCAGAAUAGGGGGCCUGCCCUCAGCGCCCCCUGCCCUCCCAGACCCAGUGCCCUCACUCUGCUGCGGACAGACGUGCUUGGGGCCUUCCUGCUGUGGCCUGAGCCGGGCGCCCCUGGCCAGUGGUGCCUGUCUGUGCGGACGCAGUGCGGCGUGGUCCCCCACCACGUCUUCCGCAACCACCUGGGCCGCUACUGCGUGGAGCACCUGCCGGCUGAGUUCCCCAGCCUGGAGGCCCUGGUGGAGCACCACGCUGGGACGGAGCGCAGCCUAUUCUGCUCCCUCGACAUGGGCCGCCGGAACCCCGGCUAUGAGGAGCAGGACAGCGGGCCGGAGGGCAGGCCCCCCCGGACACUCCGGCCCCUUGGCCAUGCCGAGUCCGAAGCUGAGCCUCAGGGCCUGGGCUAGCAGGCUGGGUCCCAUGCCCACGGCCCCUCCGCACCCUGGCUCGGGGGCCUCUGCAGGCCUCUCUGCCCUUCUUCCACCCCUCUGGUCACCAGUUCCAUCCACUGCCCCUUGGACCAGUCUUCCAUCACUUCACUGCCGGGGGGGCGGGGGGAGCUCUGAGAUUGGGGGUGGCCAGUGGCUUCUCACGGGGCAUGUGGCCCACAUCGCAGGAGGGGCAGGUGGAGCUCCAGGCUUCCAUUCACUUGCUGGGCGACUGGAUGCUUAUCGUCUCUGGGCCUCACUUUACUUAGGAGAGGAGCUUCCUGAGGUGGCCAGGAAGGUUUGUUCGUGCUGGAAGUGUAGCCCUCUCCUAGGGAGUCUGCAGAGUGCCUGACUGAGGCCGCCAAGCAUGUGAGGGAGGCGAAGACUGGGGCUGAGACACCUUCUCCAUGAGGGAAAGUGAGGACACAGUGGAAUUUGUGGGCAUGGCGACGGGUCGAGCCACCUCCAAGCGGACAGAACACAGACUGUUUCUCACGUCAUCUGAGGUGAAAGGAGUUGAGUUCUGAGGAGGGGGCGGUUAGGAGGGUGCAGAAGGGGUAGAACGGAUGAAGCCGGGACACCCAAAGCCCAUGGCAGGUGUACACAACGUGUGUACAGAGAGCACCAGCAGACAGGGCUGAGAAGGCUGGUUCAUCUCCACUCAGAACCACAGGGUUGUGAUGCCUGCUUUCCUGGAAGGGAUGCCCCUGUCCCAUCCCCACUCCCACACCCCUGACAGCCACCAAGACACACACACACAUGCUCAUUUCCCUUGUCCAUUUGGGAGAAGACGCUGUAUGAUUCCGGCAUUUCGCUUAGUGUGGCACCGACCAUACCUAUAAGGGGCCACCUCACUGAGCCUGCUUCAGUCAGUGAAGUGAGGGGCCUUGGCCUUAGCGGGGAGUGGGGUCCAGGGAAAUGAUUCAGGUCUAAGGCCGUGGCCCUGCUGUGACUGACAGACUCCUUUAUAAGUAAACUUGGUAGACGGACAUGAAUCUACCGAAUUAAGUUAGGGAGCAAGUCCACUUGGGAUGAACCUGUAUUCCUGAGGUGGAGGCCUAGUUGUGAGUCGGGGGGCUGCCCUGUCCAUCUGAGAAUGGGGUGUGACCGUUCAGUGCCUUGAAAGUGAGAUUUCUAACCCCUGGAAAUAGGUUAGAAGGGAGACACCCUAAUAGGUGAGGGAGACGGGGGACCCUAGGCAGGCCAGGCCUGGUGUUUCCAGCUUACAACCCCCAGCCCAGGAAAGGGUCUUGGCUGGGGAACUUGUCAGUUUUAUCACAAGGGAUAGGAGGAGGCUUCCUUUGGGGGCUCUUUCCACUAGAACUGCAGCAACGGUUUUUAUACUGAAUGUGAGUGGAAACCCAGGACUCAUCUUAUGGCCAUUUCUGCACUGAGCAAAGCUGGGUCCUGGGCAAAGCCCUGGUCUCUAGUAGGAGGCCACAGCCUCACAUUUUCCUGGCAAGAAGAGGCGUUUGGUGGUGAUAAGCUGUCCAGGAUUACAGCACUGGAGAUGCAUAUUGAAGAAGACCUGGUGACUGGUCCAGACUUAGACCAAAGCUUACCUCUAUGAGGGAAGGGUUUUGUGGGGCAAAUUAUCCAUGUGGACAAGGUAUCGGGAAUGUUCCCAAAACACUUUAACAUUCCUCCACACAGCGUUCAUCAUGUGCCACAAAUAGGGCAAGGUUUUUGACCUACGUGUGCAGAUGCCUCGGUGUCUUAAUUAUAGACGACAGUUUUCUCUUUGUUCCAACUAGCACCACCUGGGUAGCCCAGCUCUUCUUACUGUGUGGAUUUGAAACGAAUAAAAUGCAUUUCUUCAGA